ACGUCUCAUGUCCCUCUUUCACUGCUAACAAUGAUCGUUUUAAGAAUACACAGGUAAGUACGUCAACGAACGGCGUCCCCGCCCCUCGCUGGCGACACCGGAAGUGUAGCUGUUGUUGUCACACUGGGAUAAAAUGGCUGCUGUUCCGACUUUUCAUCAAUGAAUACACAAGUGUUCUUUUUCAUUUGCUAUUCUUUCACUGGGGUAUCUUUCCACCAUAAUGCAGUGUGACAGGGUGUGAAUGGUCUCUCCGGGAAGGCGACACUGGGGCAGAAAGGACAGCAUCGUCUCUCAUCUGGCGGUGGACGGUGAAAAUGCAACAAGGUUUGGAGUAUGCACUGGACCGAGCAGAGUACAUUGUCGAAAGUGCUCGCCAGCGACCUGCAAAAAGGAGGCUGUCUUCAGGUGGAAGAAAAAGUUUGUAUCAGAAGCUCUAUGAGCUGUACAUUGAAGAAUGUGAGAAAGAACCAGAGUUAAAGACUUUAAGAAGAAAUGUGAAUCUGUUGGAAAAGCUGGUGUCUCAGGAAUCAGUGUCAUGCCUCGUGGUAAACCUGUACCCUGGAAAUGAGGGCUACUCAUUAAUGCUCAGGGGCAAAAAUGGAUCAGAUUCUGAAACCGUCCGCCUGCCAUAUGAAGAAGGCGAACUGCUUGAGUACUUGGAUGCAGAGGAGUUGCCUCCAAUUCUGGUGGAUUUGUUGGAGAAAUCGCAGGUGAACAUCUUCCACUGUGGCUGUGUGAUCGUUGAAGUGCGAGACUUCAGACAGUCGAUUAAUGCUAAGAUGCCUUCCUAUCAAAGCAGACAUGUUCUUUUGAGGCCCACAAUGCAGACUCUGAUUUGUGACGUCCAUGCAAUGACCAGUGAGCAUCACAAGUGGACACAGGAUGACAAAUUGCAACUGGAGAGUCAGUUGAUAUUGGCGACAGCUGAACCUCUGUGUCUGGACCCGUCCAUUUCUGUGACCUGCACGGCCAACCGUCUGUUUUACAACAAGCAGAAACUAAACACUCGUUCAAUGAAACGGUGUUACAAAAGGCACUCUCGAGCCGCCCUGAACAGACAACAGGAGUUGUCUUACCUUCCUGUGCCCCCACAGCUACGCCUUUAUGACUACCUACAGAAGAAGAAGGAGAGAAGACCUGCUCCAAGCAUUGACUUGAAGAUAUCAAAAAUUGGAAAUUGUGUUGACAUGUGGAGGCAAAACAACAACUGCCAGCUCAGCGUUCCUAAAGAAAUCGAUGUGGAGAAGUACGCUGUUGUGGAGAAGUCUCUGCUGUUGGAAGACUCUCAGCCCACAACUGUCAUUUGGCCUGCUGAGGAAGUCAUUGAUGACUACACUUUUGAGUGUGAAGUGAGAGGCCAAGUCCAAAGGACUAAGGUAUCCAUCUUUCAGUCAAUUGGUGAUCCACUGGUUUAUGGAAAGAUCUACUGUGCUAAAGAGCCAAAGGCAGAGGAUGAUGUUACAGACCUUAAGCUCGUACAUCCUCCGUUCCUUAUAGGAUCAAAGAUUGAUGCUGAGCGUUUUCUAGCUCAUUACCAAAAAGUGUGUGAGACAGAGGGAAACUGUGAGGUGAAAAUGUCCCAUAAUGUUGGACAAGGUCCCCUUUCUCCUAACAAAGAUGAGACUGAUGGAACGUCUUUACUGACGCAGACAUCGGUUCUGGGAAAAGGGGUAAAGCACCGGCCGCCUCCAAUCAAACUGCCACCAGGAUCUGGCAGCAGCUCCUCCUCAGGUAAUUCAUUUAGCUCCCAAACAUCCUGUGUUCCGCUCAAAGGUCCUACACCCCCUCCAGCCAAAAGCCAGUCUCUUAACAGGAAACACUCUAUUGAACUAGGGCAGAUGGGCAUGCUGUCGCCUGCCUCCCUCUCACCGAUUGGCACCGCACAAAGAUCGGGAACACCCAAGCCAUCCACCCCCACACCGAGCAACACACCAUGCUCAACACCACACCCAUCCGAUGUGCUAACCGCCCCCCUCCCUGUGACCCCAACCCCCUCAGACGGUGCAGUGGUUCAGGGUCAGUCACAGACCACCCUGCUCACCAAUUUUCCCCAGCAGCAACUGUCUUUGAGUCAACCUUUGCCUGUCAUGACCAUCCCCUUGCCCACCAUGGGGACCUCCAUCACCACAGGAGCCACGUCAUCACAGGUCAUGACGAACCCUGCUGGACUAAAUUUCAUCAAUGUGGUCAGCUCUGUCUGCAGUCCUCAGACAUUAAUGAGCAGCUCCAACCAAAUGCUGGGUCCUGGCCUUAAUUUAAGUGGAAUACUGCCAUCUGGGGGGCUGAUGCCCAGCAUGCAGUCAGCUACACCAACAGGAGGCCACUUUGGUCUGAACAGCAGUGCUGGCUUAAGACAACUGAACCUUUUGCAGCUCCCCACUGGCCCUCUCAUCUUUAACCCUCUGCAGCAGCAGCAGGUGUCUCAGUUCUCCCCACAGCAGAGUCAGUCGGCCACCUCCAGUCCUCAGCAGCAGGGGGAGACGGGGGAUCAAGGCAGUGAUCAAAAUUUGGGAAGUCAACAGACAGCAGUCAUCAAUCUGGGUGUAGGAGGGUUUAUGUCGCCGCAGACAGGUAUGGUCCUCCUUCACACCAACAGUCAAUGGUCUGUCUUGCCUUAAUUCCUGCAAGACUAAUCAUUACCAGUGCCAUAUGUGAGGUAAUGCAACAUGUUGUCCAAUGUUUCCUUAGUCAGCAGAGCUUUUUAUAGUAUAGUCCCAGUUUCACGUAAUAUCUCUGCAAUAAGGUUCCUUUUCCUUUGUUUAAUUUCUGCCUUAUUAUUUCUUCCCUUUUCGUCUUGCGCUCCUAUCAUUCCUUACCCUGCCAUUUUCCUGCAAACAUCCUGUCUGACACCUCCCUCCUCUUUUCACUUAUUCUUGCCCCUUUUUUUUGCUGUGUGUGCAUUGUAUUAUGCUUCUUUUGUUCCUUUUUCUGCUUCUCUUACUUUUGCUGUCCCACUACCCUUCUGGGUCUCCCUCCUACUCCCCUAGUGCUGUCCCAGUUGGGCUGUGGGUUGGACGGCUCUGGGCCCCAGCUGCCUUCUCCAAGGCUUCACCAGCAGCACCAGCCACAGAUCCAAGUAAUGCUGCAACUUUAACUUACAUGUUCACAUAUCUGUAGGAGACAUCUGUCUUCGGAGAUAUAGUGUGUUUUAAGGCAAGUCAAUGGACCAGAGUUGCAAUGCAUACGUGCCAGUUGAGGUGCCCAAUACAACCUUUUGAAAAUGUGUUAUGUUGAAUUUCAACCCCGACUUGACCAGACAUACUGCAAUUUGUGGCCAUACAUCUAUUCACAUAUUAUCAGUGAAAAAUGAAAUCAUGUGGUCAACAGAAGCACAUGUGUCCAACUCAUAUUUAUCCACGCAGAUGGGUGAUGAGUGUUUGUUCAUGAAUCGGAUGUCAAGAGGUGCUUGCUAACUGGGUGGAUUGCCAGCACAAAAAAAUAUUGAAAGUCUAUUCAACUCAUAGUUCAUUCCUAUUCACUGCAUUUUAUGAUGAAUGCAAAAUGUUUCUGCUCAUAUUGUCAUACAAACAGUUGUGUGCUUUAUGGUCUGAUCAUUCAUCCGCCACGUAGAGCACUGUUCCUUCACUGGCCAUCUUUUUGUCUGUUGAACAUUUACACUUUCUUUUCUGGAUGGUUUGUUUGGUUGUUAUGAUAUGCUCCAGCAACCCAGUCGCUGACGCUUGAGACACUUGCAGUGCCAUUGACUAACAUUGACUUUGUGGACCUGAGGUGGGGGGCGAGCACUGAAAUGAUUGUGUGGGGUGGGGUUUAUUCACUGGACACAGGUGUGUUGCUUUCAACGCAUGAAGGUGUGAGGAUUUGCCAGCCAGUCACUGGUGUACUGAAAACACGAUGGCUCGGCUGCAUGCCUUUUGUUGCUCACAGCUGGUGGUUUUCAAAAUCAGUGCUGCUCAACUGCAUCCUCCAUCCAUUCAUCACUCCCACAUCCUCAACACCCCUCCUCUGUGACCCAUUAACCGCUCUUUCCAAUCACUCACAUUAGUGUAUCUUCACUAACUGCUGUUUUUUUUCUUUCCGAUUUGCUGCAAAGCAUUAUGUUGGAAUGCAUUCUUCUUAAGUGCUGAUCGUCUGCCUUUUCUUGACUCGGCAGUUGCAAUUCUUGCAGCACCAAAUGCAGCAGCAGCAGCAGCAAAUGGCUAUGGGAGCGGCGGGUCCACAGGAGGGAGCGCCCCUACAUCUUACCGCCAACCUACCAAGAAGUAGAAGGAAAAGAAGCUUGCCGCAGCCGCUCCCAAAGUUGUG